GUGGAAGCAGAAUCGACGACUUUAACGCUCGCCCCAGACAGUAAAACACUUCCUUACACUGCACAAGACUACUUACAUCAUAUUUAAUAAUCUCUAACUAACUAAUAUUACUGUACCACCCUCUAAUAACUGUCCAUAAAACAAAUAUCUUGUAACAUUUGUCAACCCAAUAAAAUUCAAUAUUUCUGUCUAUUUCAGUUCUGUCCAUAAUUAAUUUAUCCCUUUUUAAAUAGCUAUUGUGUAAACUUAUGUUAAAACUAAUGAUUAACUUAAAAAUAAAACCACCCUCUUGUCUUUAUUUUUAUUAGUAUCUUUUUCUGGUUAAUUUACAUAUGUUCUUGUUUAAUUUUAUUUUCCCUUGAUACUUAUCUGUAACUUUGCUAUAUUCUUUUAUUGUUUAAUAAUAUCAUCACCCCCCUAAGUGAGUCCUGUGAACUGUAUUUGUCAGCCACUUAGCUGUGUAUUUGUACAUUUCAGAUAUCUGCACGAUAAAACACUCAAAAUGCAGACCCGCAGAGCUACAGCUGUAAAAGACUUGGAAGACAAGCUGAGAGCUACCCUGAAAGAGCUGGAGACCACAAAGAACCUCUGUGCCCAGCUGCUGCAGGAGAGAGAAGACAGCGAAGUGGAAGUCAAGAAUGUUGUCGACAAGAACACAGUCUUGAAAAAUGACCUGGCUGAGCUGCAUAUUCAGCACAUGGAUCUCCUCGACCAACACAACCACCUGCAACAAGUGCUGUCAUCCUUUCAUGAGUGUAGUGAUACUCAUGAACUAACCCUAAGGCGCAUACAAGAGCUUGAAUUGGAGUUGAAGGAGGCCCACAACACCAUUUCUCAAUUGGAGGUUACAAAACACAGUGAACAGGCUGUUGAAACCCAAUCUCUCUUUACUAAGUUGGUCGGUAGUACUCAUGCAGUGUGCAGCCCGGCUGUAACCAUAGACUUGACUGGUGAUGAUACCAUUACACAAUGUCCUCAAAUUCUUAGUAAGAAUAAGAUUAAGAAAUAUGUUAAACUAAAUAAAAUCAUUAGAAAAUCUAGACUAGCCCUUAAAAAACAAAUUAAGUUAAAAAAUUGUAUUAAGCUUAGGAAGGACCGCAUUAACUUAGUACAACAAUUACAUAGUUGUUCUCUUGAGCUAGACCAUUGUAGACACAUGUAUGACCUAGACACCCAAUACUUAAAUGACAGAUUGCAGGCUAAAGAGUCACUAUUGACUGAAAUCUCUAGCAAGUAUGAAGAUUCACAAAACCAGCUUAGUGAACGGAUCAUGCUAGAUCAGAUGUCCAGUCAUUUUAACCUCAAUCAUAUAUUCCAUGACCACCAGUUUGGUUUCUCGAAGGGUAGAUGUACUACAGACGCAGGUGUCAGGCUAGUGACUCAAAUCCUAGAAGCCUGGGAGAACUCACAGAACGCUUUAGGUGUAUUCUGUGACCUUUCCAAGGCGUUUGAUUGCGUGGAUCACAACACUCUUAUUUGUAAACUAAACCAUUACGGAAUUCGUGGUAAAGCUCUCAAACUUGUCUUAUCCUAUUUGUCAGACAGACAGCAAAAAGUAGAUAUAAACGGAUCAACAUCUUCAGGGUCAUUAGUUAAAAUGGGCGUGCCUCAAGGUUCAAUACUGGGCCCCUUUCUAUUUCUUGCAUAUAUUAAUGAUCUCCCGUACAUGAUGUCUGACUUGGCAGAUGUAAUUCUAUUUGCAGAUGACACUUCCCUUAUUUUUAAAAUUAAUAGAAAAGAAAUGUAG